AUGAAUGAGGAGUGCAUUAUUCGAAAAUUGAUAGCCGAUGGAGAUGGUGGUGGUGAUGAUCGUCGUUUUGCAACCAUACUUGCAUUACUGUUGAAAUAUUUUAAGGAUUUCGAAUCAUCACAAAGCAUUGUACCACGUAUAAUGAAAAUGAUGGAAGCAGCAGAAACUGCUAUGAAAAAGCAAGCAUUGAUUUCUACAAUGAAUGAGCAACAGAUACAGGAAUACAUCAUGCUCACAAGUCAUAUAGAACAAGAACUAAUAAAAGAAAAUCAAGAAAAAUUCGCUGCAAAAAGGGAAUUAGUUGUUGCGAAAGGGCAGCGAAAAAAUAAAGAAGAAUAUGAAUUAUUGGCCAAAAUGAUUGAAAAAGUGCCGUCUAGAUCAGAAAGCACCAGGAAACUAGACCUAAUCAAGAAGGAACUUGAGGAACUACAUGAGAAGCAACGAAAUUUAGAAACAAAGCUAGCGGAACGUCGCAAUCAUCUUCAUUCUCUCAAUAUCAUACUAACAAACUUCUGCAAAUUUUUGAAAGACGAAGAGAACGGUGAAAUAAUGAAUAAUGAUGAUGCUGUGGACGGCACAGGGACAGAUGGUAAAAAGGAGAAAGCUUAA